ACAAAGGUUUAAAUUCUACAUUUUUAUUCUAUGCAAAAGAGCAUCUAAUUUAGUCUUUGCAACAUGCUGGCAAAAUUUGCAAACUUUACCCCCUUAAAUAAGCAAAGUAGAUACCCUUCAGGCAUCCACUCUCUUGUAGAUGCAUAUAUGGUAGCCAUCAGUAAAACAAAGCACAGUGGCGGUAUGAAAGUAUGAAACAUAAUUAUUCCUCACACAUACAAACAGGAUGACCGAUUUGGAGUUGGGGCAAGUCGAAGGGUUCGAUUCGGACAACUUUUCUUCGUUGAGGGAUCCUUAUAUGGCAGCCUUGAAUGGAGACUGGGACAACUUCAAGAAUUUCUUCACCGAAAAAACUCGCCAGCUCUUGUUUGCCAGUAUGACUAUCGAUUCGGACACUGCACUUCAUAUUGCGGCAUACAGCGGAAAAAAAUAUGUGCUUGAACAUUUGGUUGAGCUCCUACCGUCCCAUAGGGUACACGAGGCCUUGUCCAAGAAGAACGAUCACGGUAACAAUACUUUUCAUGAGGUAGCCACCACCAACAAAGUUGAAGCAGCAGAAUUCUUGGUUUGUAAACUCAAUGCAGUUGAUGUAGAGGACCAAUUGCUCAAGAUACUCAAUGAUAAAAACAACCUAGGUGAAACUCCGGUAUAUAGGGCCGCUGCCCAUGGUCAUACAAAAAUGGCCAAAUUUCUGCUUGAUGAAUGUGUUGCCGAUAUAAGUCUGCACUUUCAAAGAAAAGACAGCGUGUCCAUUCUCCAUAUUGCUGUCAUAGGCCAACACUUUGACACCGCAAUAUGGUUAUUAGGAAAGGACAAGAAACUUGCAGAAAGAAAGGCAAAAAUGAGAGAGAGAGAACCUGGCCAGACGUGUCUUCAACUGCUAGCAAAAAUGCCAACUGCUUUCUGUAGUACAUCCCGCAUAGGCACACUGAAGAGAUUCCUCUAUGUUUGCCUUCCUGGCUAUGUCGAUGACGUUGAUGAUGAAGCUCAGACACGAUCAAGUCAAAUGGAAGAUUCAGUGAGCGGCCAGAGUAUCCAAUCAAAAAAUCUUUCUUCAAGAGGUAUGUAUACAAUGAAAUCGUUGUUGCCAGUCUGAAAUUGUUGAGAAAUUGUUGACUAUUGUUUGUGUCUGUU